AUGUUUAAAACAUCAGCCCUCGAUAUGUGGAAGCAAGAGGAGAACCGAACCGGGCUGGUGACGUUCUGCAAAGAUUUGGAUCUUGCGCUCGGUAGUGGCAUUUCCGAGGGCAUGAUCACUGAAUUGUGCGGACCUCCCGGUAGUGGGAAAACACAACUGUGCUUGCAGCUUUCGGUAAACGUACAAAUACCUCGAAGGCUCGGAGGCUUACAAGGACGAGCUGUUUAUCUGGAUACUAAUUACGGAUUUUGUCCACAGCGAGUGCGAGAAAUGGCCCAAGCAUGCCAUACCCAUUGUACGAACAUUGCGCUACUGCACAAGCUGGAUCCGGACGAAAUUCUGGCCGGCUUUUCGGAAGCGACCGCUCUAGAUGGUAUCCUCUAUUCGCACGUGGCGAAUUGUACACAAAUUCUGGAAGCAAUAGCUAUACUGCAGAACAAACUUUACGAUGGUGAGAAGAUUAAACUGAUCAUACUUGAUUCGCUUUCGUUUCUCAUAAGGAGUACGAUCACACGCUCGAUGAAGCGCGUCAAGCGUCUCCACGAAAUACUUACCCCGUUGCAUAAACUCGCCAAUAAAUUCGGUUGUGUGGUUAUUGUCACGAACGAUGUGACGACACGCAUUUCGGAUACGGACAGUUUCGAACGUACGGAAGCACCGCAGAUAGUGGCCGCACUGGGUGGCAGCCACACGCACAAGAUUAAUCAGCGAAUACUUCUCGGACGAGAUGAAAGCAACUACGAUUCCCAUACCGAACACCAACCAAGCUAUGUGGCGUCCAUAGAAAAAGGACACUUUCUGCCACACAUUACGGUACCGUUUCGUAUCGAGACGGCGGGCAUUAGAGGUAUCAACAAGCGAGCAAUUUAA